GACGCAAGAGGCCGUUUAGUAGCCGAUACCUGCUGCUGAGGCCGGGGGCGGGACCUGUGGGCGGUACUCUGACAGUCAGUCACCUCCUCCCCAGUGUCGGCUGCUGCUGUGAGUGACACACACGGGACAGAGUGCACUGGGAGCCGCCGCCGGCCGCGAUGUGACGGAGCCCGGGUUCCUCAGGCAGCAGCGCUAGUCCCGGGGGCCGCUAGGAAAUGGUCCUCACGAAGUCGACGCUGAGCCUGGCCACCUUCUGCCUGGGCCUGGCCAUCGGCUUCGUCUUUUGCUACGUGAUCUUCACCAUCACGCUGCGGGAGAGUGCCCAGCCCAACGCCGCCGUCAUCCUCUACAACGACCCCCAUGGCAGGCACCACCACGCCGAUGGCCCUGGCGACCAGCUGGCCGGCCACAUCAUGGACUUCAACGCCGACACCGGGCAGCAUCACGAUGAGGAUGUCCACAUAUCUGAAGAUCUGUUCAAGAAUGUCAGGAUAUUGUGCUGGGUCAUGACUGGACCUCAGAACCUGGACAAGAAAACCAAGCACGUUAAAGCCACUUGGGCACAAAGGUGCAAUAAAAUAUUGUACAUGAGCUCGGAAGAAAACAAAGACUUCCCAACAGUAGGCCUGGAUACUAAGGAGGGAAGGGACCAGCUUUACUGGAAAACAAUCAAGGCCUUCCAGUACGUCCAUGACCACCACCUGGACGACGCCGACUGGUUCAUGAAAGCAGACGACGACACGUACGUGGUGGUGGACAACUUAAGGUGGCUCUUGUCAAAGUACAAGCCGGAGGACCCCAUUUACUUUGGCCGGCGGUUCAAGCCCUAUGUGAAACAAGGCUACAUGAGCGGAGGGGCCGGCUACGUACUGAGUAAGGAAGCCUUAAAAAGGUUCGUGAACGCGUUCAAGGAAGAGAAAUGCACGCACAGCUCCUCCGUGGAAGACUUGGCGCUGGGGAAGUGCAUGGAGAAUAUUCAUGUCAAGGCGGGAGAUUCCAGAGAUACGAGCGGGAAAGAGACCUUUCACCCAUUUGUUCCCGAACAUCAUCUCAUCCAGGGAUAUUUGCCAAAGACUUUCUGGUACUGGAAUUACAACUAUUAUCCUGCCAUAGAGGGCCCCGGCUGCUGCUCCGACCUGGCUAUUUCUUUCCACUAUGUGGACUCUACAACAAUGUACCAGUUGGAAUACCUGGUCCACCAUCUCCGUCCUUACGGAUACAAGUUCAGAUACGACCCUGAUUCGCGGAAUAAUCCUUCCCCGCAGAAUGUGAAAGAAGCAGCUGGAAAAACGGAGUAAACGCCUCAGAUUAGUUUUUUUUUUUUUUUUCCUCCAGGCAAAAAUGCACUGAGCUGAUCUUUUCCGAUCAUCGGCCACAAGUGAUAAAGAAAAGAUACAACGGAUUGUUACGUAACAUGUUCAACUUUAUCAAAGGUUUUUUGUUUGCGCAACGUCUUUUUGUCUUUAGGACUGAGACUGUUUCCGGUCCGUGCAGUAUCCUGAUAGAUAUUAAUUAUUUUUUUUUUAUUUUGUAAAAUGUCAAAGAUCCGUUUUGGUGAUCAUAUGAACGGACAUUUCCCCUUUUUCUAUUGACAAUCAUAUGCUUAUUUGUUGGGGGUGGGGAGAUGGGGUUGUCGGAAUCUUUAAAUUGCACAGUUCAUUUCACACACAAAAAAAGUAAUUUAAAAAAAAUAUAUAUUUUUUAAAGUCCCUUCACUCCUAGCCAAUAAACAAACAGUAAUCCUAAUCCCGAACCCCCUUCCUGUCUAAGAGAAUGGUAGUGCCUUCUGUAUAGCACAUGGGUCUUCAACCUGCGGCCCUCCAGCUGCUGUAGAACUACACAUCCCAGCAUGCCUCAGUUUUAGCAUACUAGUAGCAAAACUGUGGCAUGGCAUGCUGGUAUGUGUAGUUUCACAGCAGCUGGAGGGCCAAAGGUUGAAGACCCAUAGUAUAGCAUAUGACAUGGUGACCACUAAAUCCUCUCCUACAUUGAAGGGUACUGACAAGGACGAGACGGCUUUUCUGUUCCCAUCCUCUGACUUUCAUGUAAAUGGGAAUUAGCGUUUUUGCUGUAAUGCAAGUGGAUGACUUAAGUUAUUGUCACCGUUGUCCUGAAGCGUUGGGUAUGAAGUGCCGGCGGACGGGAUGCCAGGUGUUAAUAUCCCGCCGCCGGCAUCUCGCCCACCAGAAUCCAGACAGCUGGACGAGUGCUACGAGUCCUGUUUGCCGUCUUGGUGGCACCCACGAGUAGGAAUAGUCGGUCGAGCGCAGUCAGGAUUUUGGCGUCCGUAUCGAGAUCGCAACUGGCGGGAUAGUAACUACAUCCCGUACCGCACACUUCUUAUUUUUCUCAGUAAAGAUUACUCAUUUGUGUUCACCUACACACGUGUUCAGUCCGCUGUAUGUGAACGCAUGAUUUUGUUAUGUAUGUUAAAAUCCUCUCCACCCAUCCCCAUCCUUUCUACUCUGCAAGGUCGUCUGUGUUCAGUGAGCCCAACUCUCUAGCUGCCCGAGCGUCACUGCACAGCCCCGGACUGACCAUCGCAGGGGUGGCAGCAUGGGAACAUCCUUAUGCUGACCCUUGUGUGAUUAGCAGAACCUAACCCUGGAAGUACUUGAAAAUGAGACCUAGAACAGAGUCCUUUCCUCUACCUGGUUAGGUGGCGAUCAGACAUUGUCGUAUCCCUAAGACUCGCAUCUUUACAAAGGCAGGCGUCCAUUGCUUGCUCCUAUAAAUAAAUGGGUUUAAUAACCUUCCACGAAAAUGGAUCGCAAAGGGGUAUCCAUCUAGAGCUGGUUUAUACUUGUCAUCCUGAAAAUCGUACUGAAUACAUUGCUUCUUGAUUCCUUUGGCCAUGUAUUUAUAUCCUCAGGCAGUGUUGUUUAUUGUUAUCAUACUGUGAUCUGACAAACAGCUGCUAAUUAUUCGUUGUAGGUUCCAGUGGAUGAAAACCGUUGCAGGUGGACCACCCUUUAAUAAUGAAGUACCUGACACAUGCAAAAAAAAAAUUAGACACAUUGGGGGAGAUUCAAAUGUUUGAAAAGUCGGUUGGGUGUCUGUGUUUUCCUGUCUAUUAGAUAGGAAAAAACAGACUCCCAAUUGACUUUUCAAACAUUUGAAUCUCCCCCACUAUAUAUAUAAUGUUCUCAUAAUCCGUAAUUAUUUAUUUUACAUUAUUUAUUGUAAGCUGUGCCAGGAAAAUUGUGUUGCUAACGCUAUAGUUGGGCAUUAUUGUAACAUUUUAUAAUUUAAAUGGGGGGGUAGUAAUAUCCAGUAUUGUAGACACUUGCGACGCAUUUUAUUAUAAAAUUGUCUUUAUUGCAGUUUGUCAUUGAGAUGACCUGUGUCUUCUGCAUCUUGUUGUACAGGAUUUUCUUAAAUUACCACAUACAUGUGCCUCAUUGUAAUGUUUUUUUUUAAAUGUAAUAUCUUCCCAAAUUUUUUUUUUUUUUUUAUAUUUGGAGGGGUCUCUGCUAUAUAGCCACCCCCCGUUCCAAGGAUGCAUAUACCUGCAUUGUAUAGGCAUUUCUGGAAGUGAGGGUGGUAUUUUCCCGCGUAGAUCGUGUGAUUUGAUCCCACGACCCUGUUUGUAGAGAGAGACCAGGAUUGCAUGUCUUAAAGUGCCUAAAGGUUAAUUUGUCAUAGAAAUUAUAUCCUUUCAUAUCGCAAUCAGUAAUGUAUCAAAAAACAAACACUGAGCAUAAAACCGGAGUGUUAGUCCUGGGCUGGAUGAUGUUAAUAGGCCCUACACACUUAUCGACCUAGAUGAUAGAUAUGAACGAUAUAUUGUUUAGUGUGGAGGCACCGACUAUGAAUGAUGAGCGUCCCCGCGGUCGUUCAUCGUUGGUUUUCCAUAAUAUUUCAAUGCAAGCCAAUUUGGACGAUAUCGAUCAUCGUUCAGAUUGAUCAUCGUCCAAAUCGCCAACAUCGCUCAGUGUGUAGAGCCCUUAAGAAUCUAUAAUGAUUAUCUGUGUUCCGUAAUGAAGUUCUGCAGUGAGGUCUAUGGGGGCUCUCAGGCCACUGAUCUAGAUGAAACCCUGUUUAUAAAUCUAGCAGCUGUUGGAGCCGGGUGACAUCAUAUCUCUCUGUUAUUGACGAUCGUCUUGUCAGACCGUAACCGGAAACCUGCAGCAAAUUGAUUCUUCAUUGUCACUUUUACAUAUCUAUCAUAAAAGGUCCCUAGCUGAAGUCACAUUGGAGAUUGCAGGUCCUUAUAUAUGAGGGCCUUUACCUAUAACAAGCAAAGUACACUUGAUUAUUUAGAAAAAUUUUAUAUUUUUAUAUAUGUUUUUAUAUAUGAAAAAAAACUUCUGAUUUUUGAAUUAAUUUGACAAUGAUUGUGUAUGCAGUAACAUUAAACAGUGUUUUAAUAAUUUA